AUGAGAUACGUCAAAAAUAGAAAUGCUACUGUCGGACUGAACGGCAGAAACAGCAGUGACGCCGUUGAUAUGGUUGAAGUAAGCAGGACCAGCAACACUGAUUCCAACAGCAGCAACUGUGCCAUCAACGAGACUUUCUAUGAGAAUGUGAACGUCAUCGACAACUUUGCCAACUUCAACACCCAGUACGGCAGCACCAACAACGUCAGCAGUAUAAACAAUACCAGCGGCACCAACCACACAGACAACAUUAAAUUCUGCAACGAGUAUAUAUUCUUGAACUUCGAUGAACAAGAACUCUACUGCAGCCAAGAAAACGUCGGUGAAGAUGGCCUGCCAGACUUCAAAAUUAAACAAAUAGAUAAAAUUUACAACACAAUCAACAAUUGCGAAAAAAGAUCCUGGGACGGAGCUAGCCGUAAUUUCAAUUUCUACAAAAAAGACGAUUUUGCCAUGAAUAGUAAUUUUGCAUUAACCCAAGAAAAUGGAUUGAAUUUUGGCGACGACGCCAGCAACAACGCUAACUUUUACGUAUAUAAUAACGAGUACAAACCAAAAGAUACAUCUUAUGACAACGGGACUGCUAAAGUCGAGAUUUCUGAAGAGACAGUCGUCAAAACUGAAGAUGGUCUUCAUCACGAAUUUGAAAAGCCAUAUUUUAUUUCCAACAGUACUCUUUCCCCGUCCUUAAUAGUCUUUCCUUCUUUAUUGCAAUCGUCACACUUUGCGCCUUCGCACGCAGCACUUUUUGAGGAGCCUGGAAAUAACAUAUCAGACGUUGGAGGCAAUCCUUCUCAGAGAAUAAAAUCAAGUCCAACAUUCUCACCCGCUGAAAAAAGCCACACUGAUAUUUUGCCUUUUGAAACUAACCAUCUGCAAUCGUCGCCGUCAUUCGCUUCAUUUUUUCCAUCUUCAUCAAGCGUCCAAACCGAAAAUUAUUCCGUGUUUUCCAUAUGCUCAGAUGUUCUUUCAAAUGAAUCUGAAAAAAAAUCGGUCCCUUCAACUGGUGCUAUUGCUACUGUUAUUGCCGCGGUUACUACUGCUUCUAAUACUGCUACUGUUAACAAUACUGCUACUGGUGCUACCGAUACCUCUGCUGCCAAUACGGCUACUGUUACCUCUACAGAUAUAAUUAAAGUAUUAAAAGUAGUCAAGAAGCGGAAAAGAGUGAAGAUGGACGAAGAAGCUCGUAAGUUAAAAAGGCAGGAAAGUAACAGAAAGGCCGCUGAGAAAUACAGAGAGAAAAAAAAGGAGGAACAAAAAUCGAAUGACAAAGAAUUCCAGGCUAUCUCAGACGAUCUUCGCACUUAUAAACUCAAGUAUGGAUUACUAAAAGACGAACCCUUCAAUGAAAAAAAAGAACAAGGCUCAGGCUGA